GAUCCAAAGACAGAUGGCUGAAAGUGCUGAGAAAGGAAAAGGAAAAUGGACAACCACCAUCAUUAUUAGCUCAUCUCUUAAGAGUUGUGAAGUUGCAACUGCCCUAGAAAAUCGAAGCCACAAGGUUCGGUAUUCAAAUGCAGUGGAAAGUGGAUCGAUUAUAUUUUCUUGUACUGGAGUUGCAUUUUUAUUGAUGGAUGCUAAAGAAUUCUUUAUGUCAGCUGAAGAAAUAUUUCUAGCCAAAAUUGAGAAGUUCAUUAACAUUCACCAAAACAGUUUUUUGAUUCUAUCUGCAGCCUUCCAUGGGCUUGAGGAAUGGAAACUGAUGUUCAGGAUUCAGCAGAGAUUCCUGGGUAGUAAAUUACGAAUACUUCCAGUACACAACACACUAAAUGCUGUUAAUCUUAUGUGCACUAUAGCUAAGAUCACUUCCAAACCAUACAUAGAGAGCAUAUGCUACAGAAUGAUAGCAACUAAAGCUUACAUCAUUGAGCACAGUCCUGUUUGGAAAACUCUUCAAAAGAUAAAUCUCAGUGAUUCAUUUAACCCAAAUUAG